AUCGAGAAAGAAAGCGACAUAGAGUAAGUGAAGUAACUAAUGAAGAACUUGAAAGACGUUUGAUAGUUGAAGAGAAAGCUCAACAUGCUCAUGUGCGUAAGAAAUAUUUACUUAGAAAAGCUAAAGAAACUCUAAAUCAACCUGCCACAAGACUUUCGCAAAGGAAAUCAA